AUGGACAACUCCGCCAUCAACGGGCGCGCACGCCCCACCUCCCCGGCCGUUGGCACGGGCAGCGCAACGCAAACUCAACCUGCUACUCGACAGCCUCGCGUGCAUGCAACCUUACGUCUUCGCGGCGCAGCACCGUCGUCGAGGGAUCGACACAUCCAGUGGGACGAGAGUGUCAUCGAUAAUGAAGGAAUGGGCAAGAAGUCAUCCAAGGUAUGCUGCAUAUACCACAAGCCCCGUGCCGCUGGCGAAUCCUCCUCUGAAGAAGACUCCGACUCGUCAUCUUCGUCCUCGGACAGCGACAAUAGCGACAGUGAGCCAGAUACCAGCCGCGCCAUGCCCGCCGGGGGUGGUGGUGCUCGCAGUCGAGGCCGGCGACGACACCACCACCAUGGUCACGGAGAUGAUGAUCACGAUGGGUGCGGCGGGCCGGGACACAAUAAAGGAAAGGACAAACAAAGGGAUUACAGUCCUAAUGCCUAUGAACGUAUGCCGAAAUAUAAAACAUCGUCUUCGGCGGCGCAGAAGCCGUGA